GCAGCCUCCUCCUCCAGAUGUUUUGUUGACUUCCUGGUCAGCUGGUUCGGGAGGAAACGACCGCUUUACAUCACCGUCGUCCGGAGCUGCUGUUGACAUGCCGCGGGCGGCUUGGUAAAGCCAGUGUAAAGCGAGGGUGUUGGACUGAAGCGGGCUCUUCGUGCUCCAGGAGGAUUUCUGAGAGAACCUGCAGGUUAGGGCUGGCUCUCCUCUUGCUCUGUCUCCUUGCUGCUUCAGCCCUGUCCCUGCUCAUCUUCUCCUAACUUGGCUGCUGAAAGGCCCUUUUCCAGUCCCAGUGCCAGAAAAGGACGUUGAGAAAGCCACAGGGUCAGACUUGACUGGAUUCAAUGAGGGAGCCAGACCGGGAGGAGCAGCCUGAGGACAACAUGCCCCCCAAAUUUAAACGACACCUCAACGACGACGAGGUCACAGGAUCUUUCCGCAGCGAGAGGAGGAACCUGCUGGAGGAGGACUCUGAUGAGGAGGAAGACUUUUUUCUGAGAGGACCUACGGGGCCCAGAUUUGGACCUCGAAAUGACAAAAUCAAGCACGUGCAGUCGCAGGUCGAUGAGGUGAUCGAUGUGAUGCAGGAGAACAUCUCUAAGGUGAUAGAGAGAGGCGAGCGUCUCGACGACCUGCAGGACAAAUCAGAGAGCCUGUCAGACAACGCGUCCGCCUUCAGCAGCCGAGCCAAACAGCUGCACAGGAGGAUGUGGUGGAGAGACAUGAAGAUGAAGAUGAUUAUUGCACUGGUAGUUGUUGCUCUGCUGCUCAUUAUUAUCAUUCCAGUUAUCCUUCGGUAUCGCUAGGGACCUGUGAAGGAGGAUGAGGGAGAGCCUUCCUCCAUCCCGUCAUCCUCCGUCUCCCCACCUGCACACGGCUCUCAGCUCCAGCUAGAGGGCACCAGCAAGCUCCCCUCCCCCUCUUCGGUGUCGGCCUGUUUACUUUCCAGGGUCUGGCCUCAUCUCGCCCCUUAAUACAGAUCUCAUGAUUUUAAACCCACUUGAAUCCCACUAGAGAUCAGUACUAAGGAUGCUUACAGAACGAGGGGCGGAGAGGGAGAUUUGUGUGAUGCAGUUUGGGAGAAAACACUGACUCAGCCCUUUUGUCACUGUGAAGGAGCGCUCAAGUCCAUUAUACAUAUCACAUGUUACACGUACGGUAGAUGAACGGUUUCAGAGCAGGGAAUCCAGAAGCCCUUCUUAGCUGGUGGGAAUCAUUGUAGCGGUCGCGUAUAAAUGGGCUGUAAACACCCAGCAGAUGGUGUCUUCCCAUGAUUCCUUGCAUGUGCUCUGAAGCUCAGAGGAUGAGAAGGCGUAAAAGGGAAACUAUUCGGACAAAAAAGCACAUUUUUGUUUUCUAUCUGGCACGAGGCGAGGGAACAUUGGAGAGCUUCAUCUGUGUCCUUUUUAACCAUCAGAAAACCAGUUCCACAUCGUCAGCUAAGAUAACUGGCAAAAAGACUUCUCAUGUGCUUCUUUGUCUACAGAGGAGCCGUACCGAACCAAAACACACAGGUCACAAGUGUCUCCUCACCCUUCUUCACUCUGAACCUGUGGGUUGCUUUGGUCCCGGCCACCCAGCGUCGCCGCUGUUUACAUUCACUCUGCACACAGUUCAGUUUUGGUUUCAAUGCUGCUUCUAUCUCUAUUUCUGUUAACUUGAAGUUGCAAUUUCUGCUCAACGAGAUGCUUCACGUGAAUGCUGAUAAAAUCCCAGAAGAGGGGACGGUUUAUGUCUGUAUAUUUGAGGAGUUGGUUCUUUUGUGGUGCAAGCCAAAAGGUGAGCUCUGAAGCAAGCAUAGGUGUAGUUGUGACUGGAUUAACCCUACAUUGUACCUUGAUUAUUUUUUGUGUAAUCUAUUUAUGCUGUAAAUAUUGAUCUGUAAUAAUUCUGUACAGGACUCUAGCAUUGCAUUGGAAGACUGUGAUCAUUUCUGCUCUGAAAUUAAAGUAAUUUUAAA